AUGAGAGGGGUAUAUUAUCACUGUUCGUCGUGUCGUGCGGGCGUUAUUCGCGCGCGUUGACAACAAACAAGAAAUAUCCGUGAAACAGACAUUUCUCGGGCGAAUAAGAAAUGUUUAUUACGACAAACACAAAAGCAACAACGUAACAAAACAAGAGGGAGAAAGCAGCAGUGUCAAGUGCGUGUGUGCUCGAAGGUGUGUAAAGAGAGAGAAAGCCAAAAGGAGAAGCGUGACAGAGCGACGGGCUCUUAAAUAAAUUUCGCAGUUCCCAAAAAUAAAACCAAAAAUCCGUAAUUGCAAAGGAAAAACAAAUACAAACCCUACAGGGCCCAAGAAGCUUCGGAUACUGCUUUACACUCUUCAUUGAUAAGCAAUUAGCAAAAUAAAUCAGCUACAACAUGCGCUUUGAGCCUUUGGGCCAGAAAAUGUUCUCGCGACGUAAUUGGCUGCUGCGCUGCAGCAUUCUCAUAAAUAUUGCCGUCAUUUUGUACAUUGGCAGUCAGCUGAUGAUUGGCGGCGGCAAUAACUUCGCCAAUGGCGGCAGCUUUAUGCUGCAGGAACAGCAGCAGCCUGUGGUGUCGGCCUUGCAAAUGGCAGCCGCGUCACAAGGCCCGCAGCAACCGCCGCAACAGCAGCCCAGUGCCAAGAGUCGGGAUCUAGCGGAGAUCUUUGAAGCGGAGGAGCGACUGCUGGCCAAUGCGGACGCCACAGGUGCCGCAGCAGCAGCGGCAGAGGCGGCGGCAGCUGCAGCACAAGCAGCGGCACCCCAAGCGCCGGAGAUUGCUCCUGUAAUUCCUGCCAAUGACAGCGGUGGAGCACCCAUGGUGAACGAUCCCUCCCAGGUUAUUGGGAACAUUGGGGCAGGAGGCAUCGGGGUGCCUAAUCCUCCAAAUCCAGAGCUCAACAACACACAAUCCGAUGGCUACAUCGUCACCGGCGACGAGAAGGAGCUGGAGGAGCGUGUGAGAUCGCUGAUCAAUUGCUACGAUCGCGACUACCAUCAGCAGACGCUGCAGCGCGGCGACUUCUGGGUCCUGCAGAACUACGUGCGGGCGGAGCACGGCGAAAUCAAGUGCCACGAAUCUAUCACAUACACCACCCACGCGGAUUACACGUUCCUCGACAACCUCAUCCCCCUGCUGGAGCGUUGGAAUGCCCCCGUGAGCAUAGCCAUGCAUGCGCCGGGCACGGAUUUCCAGCCCACAGUGGACUCCAUUCGGUAUCUGAGGGAAUGUCUGCCGGGGAGCCAUCUGGUGCGUGCCUACACCACUUUUCACAUUUACUUUGGCACCAAACACAUACCCAGGGCUGUGCCCAAGCCGCACGACGUCUUCAAGACCGGCUACAACUGCACCCUGCCGGCGCCGUACUUCAACAUAACAUCGGGACACCUGUACAAGGCGCAGAAGAAGCUCUUGUACCCGGUGAAUGUGGGCCGGAAUAUAGCACGCGAUUCGGCCCUGACGCACUUUAUCCUAGCCUCGGAUAUUGAGCUGUACCCGAAUCCGGGCUUGGUCAAGAAGUUCCUUGAAAUGAUUGCUCGAAACGAGCAGUAUUUAAGGAGAAAGGCGCCAAGAGUAUUUCCACUUGCCAUAUUCGAGGUGGAGGAGAGUUCUCCUGUCCCUCAUGACAAGACAGAGCUGCAGGAGUUCCUUCGCACGGGCAAAGCGAUACCCUUCCAUAAACGAGUCUGCGCAAGCUGUCACGGUGUUCCCAAGUCCAAGGAAUGGAUGUCUGCCAAUGAAACAGAUGAAUUGAGUGUGUUUCACAUAGGGAAACGCACUGGUUACUAUGUCCAUUGGGAGCCCAUCUAUAUUGGAACCCAUGCGGAUCCGCACUACGAUGAGCGGCUUAGUUGGGAGGGCAAGAGUGACAAGAUGCCACAGGGCUAUGCUCUGUGCGUCUUGGAUUACGAGUUCCAUAUCCUGGAUAAUGCAUUUCUGGUGCAUAAACCCGGCAUCAAAGUGCUGAAAAAGGAUAACCGACGUGCCAUGUUGUCGGGCAAGACGAAUCAGCUGAUACGAAAGAUCAUUUAUCCCGAACUGAAGAUCAUGUACGGCAUGCGCAGGGGAUGUGCGAUAUAGUAACUAAUUCUGAAGCCGGAUUUGAGCGGAUUGAGGGCCAAGGCCAAGGCGAAAAGACUACAACAACCAACAACACUAUUACUAUUUGCAAUGCCAUAGAUACAGAUACGGAGAUGCAAAUAUACAGAUAGACUAUCUAUCUAUCUAAACUAUGGCAUUGGAUGCGCCCUUCAAGUGCGUGUCUUACAAAAAUUAGCUAGAGACUUAGCCCUAGGAUUUAAAAGCAAGAGAGAGAGAUAGAGAGAGCAUUACCUUAGUUAGGUCUUAGGAUAUCAGAUCUUUUGUUCCAGGGAAUGGGAUUGCUCUUUUCUUUUCUACAGCCGCCUUUAGAAGAGAGAAAGAUCGAGAGAGAGCACGGCUUAAGUACGUUAAACGUAGAUCGAUUUUUGUGUUCUUUAGUUCUGCUCCGAAAACGGGGAACCAUGGUAGAGUAUGGUUCCUACAUACUUCCUCCAUAUAAUCUUCCUGUAAAUAUUAUUCAUUACCACACACACACAAACACACACAAAGACACACAGACACUCGAGGAUUUGGUUGGAUUUCUCUAAUACGAGUACUACUACUCUUAGGCGCAGUCAUUAUUCAAUUACUAUUAAGUUAAGGUGUCCUCCUUUAAACCUAAGUUUAUCUUAUAGUUUAGCCGAAUUAUUCAAUCCAUUCAAUCCACAUACAUUCACGAAAGUUGAGUUUCUUUUAAAUGCCUUCCUUCUUUUCCUUAUCGAAAUACUCAACUUUUUGUAUACCAGAAACGAGAGAGAGAGAUAACCAUCCGAUGUCUAACCAUUUUGUCAUGGUUCUGUUUAGGCCAUAACUAUUUUUCAUAUGGGCAAUUGUAGACUUACCUGCAAAGACCAAAACGUAGAUUAGAAAGCAAAAAUAGCAGACAAAUGUUACAAAUAAAACUACGUAUUACACAUAGACUUUUGAGAGUUGCUAAAAAAAAAUUAGAGGGCUACCAGUAAAAAAAACCACAAUUAAUAUUACGAAUUAUACAAAAAAAAAAAAUAGAAAGACAAAGACAAAGAGAAUGGAAAGGGAGCUAAUGCUUGAAUUGAAAGGAAAACCACAUUUCAAUAAGCGUAAAUGCAAAAAAGAAAAA